CUCACGCGGCUACGCUGUUCUCUGUCACAGCUCAUUUUAACACAAAGUGUGACUUUUUAUAUCGCAGCAGCUCGGCAGCCAUGAGGACAAGGUCAAACUGACCGGACAGAGAAGAGGACAGACAGGAUGGAGUGAAAGCCUGAACCUCUGUAUGCAUAUCAAGAUGCUGCUGAAGAUGCCCCAGAAGCUGCUGAAGACUGCACACUACAUCGAGCUGGGCAGCUACCAGCACUGGCCGGUGCUCAUCCCCCAGAGGAUCCGGCUGUACACCUAUGAGCAGAUCCCCCUCUUCCUCAGAGAAAACCCCUACAUCACCGACGGCUACCGGGCUCACCUGCCCUCCAAGCUCUGCCUGAAGAGUAUUUUCAUUCUGUCCAAUGAGACGGUGAAUAUCUGGAGCCACCUUCUGGGUUUCCUUCUUUUCUUCUUUUUGGGGGUCAAUGACCUCUCGUCAGUCCUUCCCGCCUCAGGAGCAAACAGAGAGGACUAUGUUAUCUAUGCCAUCGGACUCUUCUGCUUCCAGGUGUGCAUGCUGUGCUCGGUGGGAUAUCACCUGUUCUCCUGCCACCGCUCGGAGAAGACCAGCCGCCGCUGGCUGGCUCUGGACUACGCAGGCAUAUCAGUGGGCAUCCUGGGCUGCUACGUACCGGGCAUCUUCUACGCUUUCUACUGCAACGCCUUUUGGCGGCAGGUGUACCUGCUGACGGUGCUCUCCCUGAUCCUGGCGGUCUUCUGCGCCCAGGUUCACCCCCGCUACCUCAGCAACGACUGGCGGCGGAUCCGGAUGGCCAUCUUCUGCUGCGUGGCCGGGAUCAGCGUGGUUCCAGCCUGCCACUGGGUCUGGCUCACCGGGGGUUUCACCGCCGCCGUGGUGCAGCUGUUUCUGCCUCGUGUGCUGGUUAUGUACCUCAUCGCUGGGUCUGCCUUCCUGUUCUACGUCACCAAAAUCCCAGAGCGCUAUUUCCCAGGCCAGCUGAACUACCUUGGCGCCAGCCACCAGCUGUGGCACAUCCUGGUGGUGGCCAUGUUUUACUGGUGGCACCAGACCGCCGUGCACAUCAUGCACUUCCGGCACAGCCAGCCGUGUCCGUCUCAGACCAGCCGCAGCUAAGUGAAUCCGUCAUCACGAAGCCAACUCCAACCGCCACAACAUACGACUAACAGCUGGUAACUGUUACCUGCAAGACAGUUUGGACUACUAACUGGAGAAAGUAGUCAGAAAACAAACAUCAUUGUACUUUGAGUCGAAGAGACUGUGAGGGGAUUAUUUAUGCAUGAAACAGGGUUUUUUUCUUUGUAGAAACAAUCUAGUUUGUGGUGUUUUGAGGUGAUGAAAUGUUCUCUCCUGCUACUUUAAGCCAGUGUGAACAAAAAUAAGCAGCCGCUCAUGUGAACAUUCACUUUUCUCAUGUUUACUGUUCGCUAAAACACUCAAAUCCUGCCAAAUGGCGAGAAGUGUCUUUUAUGGCAACUGGAUAUUUGCCACCGGCAAAAAAAAAAUAAAAAAAAAAAUUCAGGAUUUGAGUAUUUGAAGCUUUUGAACAAAUACUUCUCACUCAGUGAGAGAUCCUUCUGUUAUAUGUGUGAUGGGAAGGAGGAGGAGUGAUUUUAGAUCAAUAUUAGGUUUUAAAAAUAUAUGGGAUUUUGUUUUUGUUGGUUUGUUUUCAAAGCAAUCGGUGUGGAUUUUUUUUUGUUUUGUUUUUUAGAAGCACUUAUGGGAUAUGUUAACAGUAUGAUCAAAGCCAGGCAUGUUCAAACUGAUUGUACGAGAUCACUUCUGUCGUAUAAAACUGACCAAUCACUUCCUUUUGCAGGUGCCAGGCACGAUAAUCUGUUUUCCUUUUUAUCAGAAAGUUUUGUGUUCUUUAAAUACAACAUGAACAGCAUUAUUUUUCCAGGCCGAACACUGAACGGUCUCCAGUCUCUACCGAGAGCACACCUAUCAUGUUUAAAGAAAUGAGUGUAAAUGAGUCGUUUCAAACACUACAGUGGGGGAUUUUAUCUCCUUCAGGCAUUAUCGAGGUUGUGACAUUGUUAGAUCAAGAUGAACAGAGGUGAAAGUGUCUCACAUUGCAGCUAUAAACAAGUCACUGUGCAAUUUAAGCCCUGUUCUGAAAAGUGUGAAACACAAGAUAUCAAGUGACUAUUUAGUAUUCCAUAUUAUGUCCAGUCAUGUAACUCCUGUAGUUCAAGGGUGUCACAGAUUAAUUGGCCCACUAGAGGUUCCAAUCCGGCCCACAAAACCAGCAAAUUGUUAAAAUCCCCCCCAAAAAACUGAUUUCUUUUCUUUCAUUUCUUCAGAGUAGCAAACACAGCGCCACACUGAGACCAAGCUGAGAUAACGGCAUUAACGUUAGCUACCUCAUUGCUUAAAGCCGUGCUGUUUGUGUAAAGACCCAUAAUGCAACACCUGAAGGAGAAGUGCUUUUGGACAUCUCACUGUUUUGCUCCGGAAGGUUUCACUAACACUGGCUUUAUGUUGAGAUCGUAUUAUAACUGUUUGAUUUUGUGGCAUUUUCAUCAUGAACAAAAAACUUAAAAGUUUAAAUUUAAAGGUUAUUAUCCAUUCAGGAUGAAAUUCAGAUGGAUGUGGCCCCUGAUGUAGUCUUUACUCAAUCCGAUCUUGAUAUUUAAUAGCUACAAAAAAACAAAAUCAAUCAAAGUUGAUUUCUUUUGCCCUUUAAACAACCCAGACGGUGACCGCAGUGCUUCACAGUGAGACACGAGACAAUAAACUGCCAAAAAAAAGGUCCAUCUUUUAAUUUGCAUUAAGCUGCACUGACCCACUACUGAUGCACAAAACUGACAUUACAUGAAAUGUACAUACUGCACCUUUAAAGAUAAUCUGAGCCCAACAUGCAGCACAUGGUUGAACAGCUGUUUUAAAAAAAAAAAAAAAACUAUCAUAAGCAUGUUUUGUCUAUAAAGUUAAACUGGACCACCGGAUCCAACUGGCUUCAAGGCUCCAGGCCCGAUCGCAGCUUCUGCAGCGGGCGUCAGUCCAUUCUCUUUUUAAAAUGAAGAUAUAUCCACUUGACUUUUUAUCUGCGAAACGACUGCAUGCUUCCCCCCCCAGCUCCAGGCAGGAUUUCUGCACUCCAGUGAGCCGCUUCAUCAUGGAGCCUGACGUGAAGAUUGUGUAAUAAAUGUAUUAUUUAUUAGUCUCUACUUGAUUGAGUUGCCAUUGUGAAGCAUUUCGGCUGCUUCUGAAGAGUCAUCAGCACACUGUAAGACUUCCAUGCGUUCAGGAAAACUGUCACAUACUGGAUACUUCUUGUUACGCUUGUCCUUGAACUGAACUUCUGGAUUUUUAGCUCUAGAAUUUGCCAAAUUCUAUAACUAAAAAUCCAAAAGUUCAGAAACAUGUAGACGCAUGUUUUGAGUUAUUACGAGCAGACUCUGUAAACCUGCUUUUUCUUUAUAAUUUGCUCUAUAAUUGAGUUGCAGAAAGUGGAAAACAUGAACUUUGAGAAUGCACUUUGAUUUGUAUUUUAUUUGCCUUAUUUUGUUUGAGCAUUUGUACUGUAUCACACUUACUGUGACAAUCCAGAAGAGGUGAAACCGCUCCGCCGCAGGGCCAGUACGCUUCCUCUCCUUGUGUUUUUUUAAUUAAAUCAUCUUUGUGUGCUUGUGUUUAUCCUUCGGUAUGGUUUUUGUAUGAUUAAACGUGGGCACUGACUAAGGAGAUGUAUAUUUAUUUCAGUGCCUCUGUGGAAAAUCUAUUUUUUGAACAUUUUUGAAUGAAUAAAGGAUGCUGGGAAA